AUGCCGGACGCCGAGCGGGGAGUGCCUGGACGGGGACUUGGAGUGGACGAAAGCGGGGAUCAACACUCGCAGUCCGUCCUCCUGGUCCUCCUCUUCUCCUCUUCCCCUACAAAUACGCCCAGCGAUGGUCUCACUCCCCACACAUCCUCCGCCAUGGACCACCGCUCGUCCUUCGAACGCCUCGUCCCCGACGUCCUCGGCUGCAUUGCCUUCCAUGCAUUCGACCCGCGCCGGCCACACGACCUGCUCUCGCUCUUCCUCACCUCGCGCACCGUCAAAGCAGCGCUCGACCCGCUCAAGACCAGCAUUCUCGCAGACUGCUUCCGUGUAGCCUUCGACACAGAAGCCCCCGCACGCCGUCUCGGCGACUUCCACCUGACCGACGACGCCCUCGCUGACCAGCUCCGCCUGCGCUACCUCACCCUCCGCCGCGUCAGAGCCGCCCGUCCAUCCACUCCCCUCCCAGUCCGCCAACGCUUCUCUGCGCUCUAUCGCUCUAGCCCCGCUCUCCUGAAGCGCGACCUCUGGGUGCUCUAUCUGGCCGUUCUCGAGGACGACUACAAAAACGCUGAGCUGCUCGUCAACUGGGCCGGCCUCCAACACUGGCUCUGGCUACUCGUUUCCCUCAGGUACGGUGCUCAGGGCAGGCCCUGGUAUGCUCUCACCCAGGAAGACGUGGAGAUCACCAGUCUCAUCCUCUGGCUCAUCUGGAUGACCACCACUCCAGACGACAUCCAGCGCGAGACCCCGAUCCAGCGUCAGACCGUCCGCAAUCUCCUCCAUGCCUUUGUUCUCCGAGGUUUCCAGUACCCAUCCAGCUACUUCCCCUCCUCCUUCAAAUCCCUCCCCCUCUGCCACUUCCCAGACCUCCCCCCCGAAGCCCUCCAACUCCCCUUCGACCUCGUCCCUCCCACAACCACAAUCAACCACUUCUCUCUCCCCAUCCGUAUCUCUUACCCCCCUCUCGUCCCGCCCGCUAUGAUGCUCGCCUCUGCGCGCGCUUUCGUCGGGCUUAAACAGAUGCCAUAUAAUCAAUACGCGCAGGCUAUUAACCCGAAUGACCCCGUCUCUGUUUUUCGCGCGGCGGCGCAUCAUCAUUGGAUCCAUAACACGAAUAAAAUCUCGUUCCCUUGUACUUCUGCCUCUGCCUCCACCUCCGACGCACGCGAAGAAGAGAAUGAGGACGAAGAAGAAGACAGGCCGACCCGUAGCGAGCGGAACGACGAGGAUUGGCAUCGACUCGUCAGUUGUACCGAUCCUUUCGCGCUCGAAGAUGAACCUAUCCUUCGUGGACGGGUCAUCUCACCUGGGAGCUUGAGUGGUUCAUGGCACGGCGUCAUCUCUCACCCCGACAUCGCCCGCUUCUUCCCCAUCCUGCUCUCCCCUUCUAUCCCCAUCCACGGCCACGUCAACCCCCCGACCGGCGACCUCGACUGCACCCUCACUCAACAUCCGUUUUAUUGUGAGCUGCGGGAGUAUCAUUCGUUUGAGGGUAGCGUGCCGUUGAGGACGGGGGAGUCUUGGCAUGAGGGGGAGGGGGAGCGUGAGGAUGGGGAGAUGGAGAUGGAGAUGCAUGGGGAGGGGAUGAUGAAUGCUUGGUUUCCGGAGGGCGUUAAGAUGCGGAGUGUCGAGAACGCCCUAAUAUUCGAAGACCCCACAACCUCCUCCACACACCGCUACGAAGAAUACAUCCCUUCCAUCGGGGGGUAUAAUUCAUCUACCGUGCGUUCGGCGCUGCCGCGGAAAGGCUUCCCGGAGCGUGAUUACAACACUAACGGUGAUGAUGCUAACACGAACACGAACACGAACACGAACACAAACGAUGAUGGGGAGGAUGGGGAGGACGGGAAGGGAGAGGGAGGAGGGCACGCGUGUGUGUUUAGGUGGAGGAAGGAGUCGCCUUUUGCAGGGGGGGUGUGGGCGGGGGCGGGGGGUGGGGAUGGGGAACAUGAUGGUGAAGAGAGCGAGGUGGAUCCUCAGCCAUUGACAGGACAGCCUGACUUCCAUUCCCAUGGUCCGAAGGCUGGAUCUGGGACCUCGAAUCCUCGCGAAGAUGACGAGGAAGGGGAGGAGGAAGAGGAUGAAGGGAUGGAAACAUAUUCAGAUGCGGAUGCGGAGGGGGAAGCACAGGGAGAGGUGGUGAUGGAGGAUCAUGUGGAUUAUGCGACGUCGGGCGUGCAGGAUAUUAUUCUUGCUGGCGAGUCUUCAUACAUCGCUCGCACUCUGUUUAUACAUCCCUCCACUCCCUCCGCUCCCCUCGCUUGCUCACAUCUUGUCGUGUUCCUUGUGGCCUUGCAGACAGGCCCGCUCGGGGACGCAUUUGGCCAUUUUGGGUUUAUAGCGCGCGUGAGAUCGUGGGAUGGGAUGGUGUUGAUGUUGAGGUAUCCGUCCGACCCCACCCACCACCCCGGCCCCCGCUGGCUCUUCCAAGGCUACAUACACGCCGGCGGGAACUUCGUGGGACGGUGGAGGGAUACGCAGGGCGGGGAGGCGGUGCAGGGGUUGGAGGGAGGGUUUUUGUUGGUUAAGAGGGAGGGGGAGGGGGAGGGGGGUGUGUGA